AUGGGUUAUAAAGAUAUAGAAGAUAUAGAAGAUGCAAUAGAUGAUGCAAUAUAUAAUGCUGUUGAAAAAGGUCAACUUGAAAUAUUAAAAUAUUUACAUGAAUUAGGAUAUAAAGGUACAGAAGAUGCAAUAGAUGAUGAUGGAUGGGCAAUUAAUUGUGCUGCAAAAAAAGGAAACCUUGAAAUAUUAAAAUACUUGCAUGAAUUAGGGUAUAAAGGAAAUGAAAUGACAAUUAAUUGCGCUGCAGAAAAAGAACACCUUGAAAUAUUAAAAUACUUACAUGAAUUAGGGUAUAAAGGAAAUGAAUGGACAAUUUAUUCUGCUGUUGAAAGUGGAAAUAUUGAAAUUAUUAAAUAUUUACAUUUGUUAAGAUAUAAAGGUAAAGGUUCAGAUUAUGCAUUUAAUUGUGCAGUAAGUAACCAGAUAAGCUCAGCAUCAGAUAGUAACCUUGAAAUUAUUAAAUAUUUACAUGAAUUAGGGUAUAAAGCAAUUAAUCGCGCUAUAGAAAAUGGUAACCUUGAACAAGUAAAAUAUUUGCAUAAAUUAAAGUAUUAUUAUGAAGAAUUAGCAAUUAAUUAUGCUACUGAAAAUUAUGACUUUGAAUUAGAGCAACAAUUAUAUAAAUUUAAGUAUAAAUAUGAAAAAUGUGCAAUUAGUUCUGCUGCUAUAAACGGUCACUUUGAAGUAGUAAAAUAUUUACUUGAAAUAGGAUAUAAAGGUGAUAAAUUAGCAAUUAGUUAUGCUGCUAUAAAUAACCACUUUGAAAUAUUAAAAUAUUUACAUGAAUUAGGGUAUGAAUGUUACGAUUGGACAAUUGAUUGUGUUGCUAAAAAUGAUCACCUUGAAAUAUUAAAAUAUUUACAUGAAUUAGGAUAUAAAGGUACAGAAGAUGCAAUAGAUAAUGCUGCUAGAAAUGGUCACCUUGAAGUAGGUAUAAAUGUGACAAAUGGGCAUUUUAUAUUGCUGCAGAAAAUGAUCACCUUGAAGGUUGAAAAUAAAAAUGUUCCCCAGAACCGGCAAUCUCUUACUACUCCAAAGAUUAAAGGACUGUGGACAUCAUUUUGGAACUCCUUGGAUCUUUUUACAUCUCCGCCACUACCCACAAAGCUUUGA